AUGGGCAGGGGUGCUGGUGGUUCUGAAGGACGGACGAGUUGGACGGCUAGGCCUGAGUUGGCGGAUUAUGUCUCUUUUUAUGGGUUUAUGUUGCUCUAUUUGCAUUUCUUGAAGGAGAGGGCAGUGCGGCAGGAGGGAAGGAAGGGGGAUGGGGGCAAGAUAGGGGUGGUUUUGGGUGGGUAUUCGUAUGGGUCGAUGAUUGCGUCGCAUUUGCCGAAGCUUCAUGAUAUUGUGGAUUUGGUGCGGUGUUCAUCGCCCGAAUCGCCGUUUCAUGAGAUUUACCAGAUCGCGGAGAAGUUGUCGCUUUGUUUGAGUUUGGGGGAGGAAAUGAAGCAGCCGACGUAUCGUCCAGCUACGGUGGAGGAGAUAAGAUCCGCGGCGGAUUGUAUUAAACGCACUGCUGCUGUUUCUUAUCUCCUUGUGUCUCCGCUGCUGCCGCCGGUUAAUCAGUUCUUGACGCUGUUUUCGAAGAUGUCGCUUGAUGCGAGUGCGCAGAUAUCAUCGGCAUCUAGGGAAUGGAAACAAGGACAGAUACCCUGUCCCAAGCCGGCAGAUCAGCUGUGUGCGCAUGAGACAUUGGCUAUCUUUGGCGACGAGGAUACAUUCACGUCGGCGAGUAAAUUAGAGAAGUGGUCAGCCGAACUGGCCCAUGUACCGGGGAGUAGGUUCCAGGCGGUGGAGAUCGAGGGAGCCGGUCAUUUCUGGAGAGAACAUGGUGUCGAAGCUCAGGCGAGACAAGCUAUCCGGGACUGGGUGUGUCAGAUGUCGACAUCUUGA